GAGCUUCACGGAGAAGUUCUUUCCUUUACGAAAUUCCCAGCGACUGCUUUGACCUCCUACUUCACUACCACAGCCGAGACGGACCCCAGUCAAAAAGCCAAGCCAAACCAAAACCACCUCCGCCCGAUCGAUAAAACUCAGCGGCCAACAUCUCUCUCGCUCUCUCUCUAUGCCGUCGACAACAGCCAGCCAUCGCUAGCCUUUGAAUCUCCGCCGUGGAAAUGAUAGGCAAGAGUCGUUUUCUCGGGCCGUGCUUGAUCGCGCUCACGUGGUGGCUCGUCCUGGUCGACUCGGCAUGCAACACCACCACCACGGCCGACGACCGCGACCUCGUCUCCAGAGCCUUCGCCUCCGUCUCCGGCUUCGACCCUUCCUGGCUUCGCUCCAGCCCCAACUCCACUUGCUCCUUGUCCCUCGCUGAAAUCCGCCUCCCCUCUCGGAACCUGAGCGGGAUCGUCGCGUGGAAGCACCUGAAGGCCGCCCUGAAAGGCCUGCGAGCCAUCGACCUCUCGGACAAUUCGCUGCAGGGAUCGGUCCCCGGCUGGUUCAUCUCCUCCGCCACGGGCCUCGUCGAGCUCAACCUCUCCUCGAAUCGCUUCGGCGGUGGCAUCGCCUUCGACGCGGGCAACCCCCGAAACGUUUCGUCUUCGUCGUUGCGAGUCCUUGAUCUGUCCCGCAACAGGUUCACCAACUUGGGCAAUUUCUCUCGCUUCUUCUCCCGCCUCCGUGUCCUCGACCUCUCCGGCAACGACCUCAGGGCGUUCCCUCUUGGCCUCUCGGAGCUCGCCGCGCUUGAGCGGCUUGACGUUUCGGGCUGCAAUAUUUCGGGAGACCCGCGACCCGUUUCGUCCCUCAAGUCCCUGAAUUACCUGGAUAUCUCGAACAACUCGCUGACCGGCGUCUUCCCGAACGAUUUCCCUCCGCUGGCCGGCCUCGCUUUCCUGAACAUCUCGCUCAACCACUUCGCCGGCCGGGUCGGCCCCGAGACACGCCGGAAGUUCGGGGACUCGGCGUUCCUCCGUGCCGGGAAGAACCUCGUCCUCGAAACCGACGCUCCGAAACCCCCGAGCCCUGCGACGAGAAGCCGUAACUCGACGAGCCCCGCUCGCGAACCCAUCAAGAAGCGCGCCGCGAGCAGGAGACCCGAGUCGCGAAAGAGGCAGUUGGUCCUGAUUCUGGCUCCAAUAACGGCUUCCUUGGUCGCCGCCGCUUUCGCCGCCCUUAGCUGCGUCUACUUAAGGAGGAGGAGGACCUUCGCGAGAAGGAAGAAGAAGUGGGCGAUAUCGGGCCCGGCCAGGCCCGAAUUCAGGAUGGAGAGGGCGUCCGGGCCUUUCUCAUUCGAGACCGAGUCGGGGACGGCGUGGGUGGCGGACAUAAAGGAGCCGUCGUCGGCGGCGGUGGUGAUGUUCGAGAAGCCGCUGAUGAGCCUGACCUUCAGGGACCUGAUCGCCGCCACGUCGGGGUUCGGGAGGGAGUCGCUGCUGGGGGAGGGGCGGUGCGGGCCGGUCUACAGGGCGGUGCUGCCGGGGGACCUCCACGUGGCGAUCAGGGUGCUCGAAGGCGCGAGGGCCGUCGAUCAUGGCGACGCGGCGAGGGUCUUCGAGGGGCUCGCGAAGCUCAAGCACCCAAACCUGUUGCCCAUCUCUGGCUACUGCAUUGCCGGCAAGGAGAAGCUGGUGUUGUACGAGUUCAUGCCCAACGGGGACCUACGCCAGUGGCUCCACGAGCUCCCGGCUGGCGCUCCCGACGUGGAGGACUGGAGCACAGACACGUGGGAGCAUCCCGGCGGCGAGCCGUCCUCCCCGGAGAAAGCGAACUGGCUGACGCGCCACCGCGUCGCGGUCGGGGUCGCCCGAGGCCUCGCCUAUCUCCACCACGCGGGGUCCGCCCACGGCCACCUCGUCGCCUCCAACGUCCUCCUCGCUGACGACUUGGAGCCCCGGAUAUCCGACUUCGGGAUCCAGGAUUUCGGAUGCGGGAAAGAACAGUUCGGGGACGGGAGGGUCGAGCGUGCCGGCCCCGCCCCGGAGAGGGACGUUUAUUUCUUCGGGAUGGUCUUGGUGGAGCUGUUGACGGGGAGGGAAGGGAGCGAGGAGAGCCUGGCGUGGGCGAGGAGGCUGGUGAGGGAAGGGCGCGGCGAGGAGGCGCUCGAGAGGAGGCUGAGGAUCGGCGGCGGCGCGGUGAGCGAGAUGGUGGAGUGCCUCCGCGUGGGUUACCUGUGCACGGCGGAAUCGCCGGGGAAGCGGCCCACCAUGCAGCAGGUCGUGGGUCUCCUCAAGGACAUCCGCCCCCAACCGAGCUGACGUGCCAAGGGCCUAUCAAGCGCUCAAAACUCGGGGUUUCAACCACGCGCGCCCCACUGACGCAGGCGGCCGCCCCGA